AUGCGCAUCCGCCCUAUCGGAUGGAUAGGGAUCGCUGUUCUGUACAGCCUCUGUGGAGUCACCUUUUCCUCACCCCCUCCGUUAACUGACGGUUCUCAUGGAUUUACAGAUCCAUCGUCGCUUCUUACACUGCACGAUUCUAGUGAUCCGGUGGUCGUAUGGGCUAAGUAUGAGCGCUAUCUGCUUGCGAAGUCUCGAGUGACGCCUCUCUUGCUCCACUUUACACCAGCCUCAGCAUGCUACAACGAGAUUGACGAUGAAGAAGACCUGGAAAAUGAUCAAAGGGAGGAGGUGAAGGCGACGGAAAUACUUAGUGCAGCUCAGAAGGCUUGCAUGCACCAUGAGAACUUGGUCGGAGCAGCCGUCAAGCUCGCCACUAAGACAUUGGUUGCGUCACAAAUUUCCGUUAUACAUGUGGACGUCCAUGUAUGGCCUGCAAUGCUUGAUUAUCACCUGGUGUCAUCAACGCCGUCGUUGCUAUGGAUUCCAGGACGGGCGUCUGGUCACUUUCAGCGCUAUCCGCACGUCGAUACUAAUUUUCUCAAUCUCAACGCGAGUGCUCCACUCUUUUCUGACACUUUGGGGGAUUUUAUUGCUGCUGUGGACAAGUAUCCUGAGCAAAAAAAUCAAGACGCUGAGACGGUCACGAAAGCUGUAGCCGCCACAAUUGCUGCGUUUGUGCUACAGUGCCAAGAACGCAGUGGCUACAUUAUUCGUGACGCGCGUGGAUCUCUUGUGCCAGCCACCCCUGUGAGUUCUGACGACGACGCUUUCUCAGGACUCGAUAUGGUUCCUGUUGUUGCUUUUUUGGCUUUUGUUGUAUUCGUGAUCUACGAGAACCAAGCAUACAUCUUGAAAGUGAUGCAGAUGCGAUUCUUCUGGUUCGUGCUAUGCUCGGGGAUUGUCUACAUUGCGCUCAGCGGGCUUUUCCACUCAGUAAUUCAUCGCCGACCCUGGUAUUACUAUGGUCAAAUGCACGGCUUUGUGUUCGUUUACCCAAGUUCCCGGCAGCACUUCGUGCUGGAAGGACUGGUGAAUGGAACUUGGAGUUUCUGGCUGUCUCUGGGGGCCAUGAGCAUCUCAGACGUUUUUCCGACUUUGCGCUCACGACUGGCCCGAGAGGACCUCAUUCGAUGGUCACUGCUGCUUGUGACUGUCUCGUACAUGGCACUUAACCUUACGUUUCUGAUUAAAUACAGGUGGAUAAUGAUGUGA